AUGGCUUAUAAUCAGCAACAACAGUUUUAUUAUGACAGUUACUUUGGUCCUCCAGCAACGUUGUCCUCGGUACCACCACCGACAAGGACGACAACAACAACCUCGUCAUCAUCAUCAUCAUUGGUAGGACUUAACCUCAUCAUGAUCAAUAACAACAACAACAAUAAUAAUAAUAAUAAUAACAUUCAUCAUCUUCAUGGAACCUCUUCAUCUUUCCUUCAACAAAGCAAUAACACUCUCUUAAAUUUUCAGCAACAACCACCAUCUUCUGUGAUGCAUCAAAAUGAGUUUAGUAACAUGAUACUUCAAGGAGGAAUCACGAAUCAAACAAGCAAUUCAAGUCAAGCGCAACAACAACAACUCGAAUUUGCACAAUUAUUACGAAUGUAUUUUGAUCCGAGCACACAUGCUGCAUCUUCAUCCUUUCAAGAUGCACAACUGCAAGAACAACAACCACAAUCACAACCACAACAGCAAGAACAGCAACAACAAGCAAGCACAACGUUGGAUAAUAGUAACCCAGUUGCAGCUGUGCCGUCGUCGUCAUCAUCUUCAAAGAAAAAGAAGAAAACAAAAGAAACAAAACCUAAAAAACCGAAAAAGUAUAUUGUGAGGAACAAAAAAGUGGAAUGCUCUUACAACUUGCAAUUUCAUCAUGUCACACUUAUGGAACCAAUUUCUUCUUCAGAUGCAAAUAUUGAACGAUUGGUAACUAUUACAAAGAUCAAGCUAUCUUCUACGGAUUGGUCACUCUUUGACGAUCCUGUUCCACCAACGUCGAUCUUUGGCGUUGAAACGGAUGUUGAGAAUGAAGCUCUUGAAACAAAAAUUUUGAAACAUCGAAAAACGAUUCGAUUCAAAAUUACCGCAGAUUUGCAGAAUACUCUUUAUUAUGGCCCAAACGAUCCACACAUGUCCAUUUAUGCCUAUUUAUAUGAGACGUCAGAUCCUCCAAAACUUCACCUUUACAGCACAGAGAAUAUGAAAGGAAAGAAGAGUAGAAAUAUUAUCAAGUUUGAUGUCUACAAAAAGAUUAAGAUUGCCUCUCUCAUCACAAAUUUUCAUUUAGGCUUAAUUAUUUUGGAACGAAGAUCAACAAUUGAAAAAACAGCAACUGUUCACAUCCUUAAUAGUGUCAUUAAAUUUGACAAAAUGAUGGACAAUGAAAAGAAGAGAAAAGACACAGACAACAAUACUGAUUCUGCAGAAGAGGAAUCCAGUGAUGACCAGGCUGUAGAAGAGAAGCCCAAACCGAAAAAGACAAAGAAAACGAAAUCCAAGGACUCCCCGACAACAACUCCCACUGAAGAAAUUAACGAGAAUCCUCCUGUCACCACAACUACAGAUCCAUCAUUAAUCAUCUUCAAUGACACUAGCAGCUUUCCAGGUUCGCUUUUAGCACGAGAACCACUCAACACAUCUUUACCAAGUGAAAUUGCAAACUUUAGCCAGAAUUACACGACCGUCAUGGAAUUGUUACAGAGUCCGAAUAAGAAUGCCAUCUUUGAAAUGCUUGAAAUUCUGUUGCUGAAAGCUCGAAUUGCCUCAUCUCCAGAACACUUUUCAAAAGAUCAUGUUGAGGUCGCCAUUUUGUUAGAUUUUCUUGCAAAAAUUGGACCCAGAAUUGCUUCAAAACUGUCAAAUGCCAAUAAUGCUACAAAUUCCAUGAUGGCUUCCACUAAACCACCAUCCUCAAUCAUGCUUUCCAAUACUCAGCAAAAUGCUCCUCCUCCUCCUCCUCCUACGCAAGACUUUUCAAACACUAUCUACACAAUGCCAAGUUUUGAUUUCAAAAGCUAUUUUGAUUUUUAA